AGUAAGUGUGCUUACGAGUGCUGCCUAAGAAAGCUGACAGACGGACCUUCUCCCCAGGCCCAUUUCUCACUUCGCUAAGAAGCUGGAAAAAGCUGCUUGACUUGGAAAGAGGGUGUGCUCUCCUACAGUAUUUGUGUCUGUCUUCAUUGGGAGAGCAUGGGGCCCAUCACAGGAUGAAUUCUCAGCUGAUUGAACAACGACGAGGGAGAGGCGGGAUCCCGUGCAACCUUUUUGUUCUGAUUGGCAGGCAAGAGUAAUAACAGUGAGGCGCUGUAGUGCCUUCUCUUCACUCCCCCGCCAUGUUUUCCUAGCAGCGGAGCUGAUCGCUUUACCAGCGAAGCCUCGGAAAGCCCGAGCAGGGGCUCCGCAAUCAUAUCCCUGCGCCCCAACUGUUUUUCCUUGUCCACUAACCCAACUAUUUUUCACCACCUCUGCGCUGCUGCGCGAAUCCUACUCCUUUACCAUGGUGACUACCACAGCGCCUUCACCCUUCCUAGCCCGGAUCUCGGCCGGUACCGAGGACUCCCGGAGGUUUCCUGUGUCCCUAUUCCAGCGUCUCAUGCGGGCGGACUACAGCGGUGAAAGCCACCAGCCCAUCUGCUGCCCAGUGGGACCAGGCGGUAGCGCCCGCCCCGCGCUGAAAAGAGUGCGGCGACGAAGAGGGAAAAUUCGGUCCACUCCCUCUGGCCUUUUACAGAGUCGCUACCAACAGUAUCAACAACACCGCGCAGGCCUGGCGCGAAGAAACACCGCGCAGGGGGCGCGCAAUCCCUACGAAGUCCCCGUCCCCUCGUCAGAUCCUGGGCUAGAAACAGUCCCGACGGAGGAACCUCCGGCAGCUUUGCCAAGAACAGCCCCCAUCACCAAGCCCCUCAGAAAAGAGUUGUUCAAAAACAGGAUGGGAAAGUCUGAGAAAGUUACCAUUCCUUACAAUCAACCUGUUCACAGUAUACACUUAUGUGACCAAUCGAAGAUUAAUAGACAGAGGAGCAAAUGUAAUAUACCAUUAAACAAAAUUCCACCUACAAAAAAAAGUGAAAAUAUCUUGUGGCAAGAAUCAGUGUCGCCUGAACUCAUUAAAAAGCAGGAGAAAAAGCCUCUGAAAACUGCAGAAAAUGUGAAAUCAAAGAAACCCAUCUUUCUGUCUGAAGCCAACCAAAAAGAAAACUAUGCUGGGGCAAAAUUUAGUGACCCUCCUUCUCCCAGCGUCCUUCCAAAGCCUCCCAGUCAUUGGGUAGGAAGCACUGUUGAAUAUUCUGACCAAAACAGGGAGAUGAUGGCAGUCCAUCUAAAAACUCUCUUAAAAGUUCGAGCAUAGCUUACGGAUAUUUACAUAGAACAUACUAAAAAUUUGGAACCUGCCUUGUUGCAACAUGAAGUGCAAAAGACUGUCAAGUCUUAAAUUCACAAACUUGUGCUCUAUUUUUUAUGGUUCUGUAAAUAGUGUAUAUCAUGUAUUGUGUAUAUUCAUAUUUUGAGGUACAUUUUAGUUUUGUUAUGAAAGGAUGUAUUUUACACUGCCCAUGUGGUAGAUUUUUUGUAUAUAAUGAUGGACACCUUCUAAUGUGCACUUGGCACAUGAAAAGACCUGACAAUGUUUGCACAAGGUGCUGAGAUUUUGAAAGAAGAAAAGCUCAUCUCAAGGUUCAAAUGGAAAUGUGAAAACAUUACUAAUGCACUACUGAAAAGUUCUUCAAUUUGCCACAAAACUUCAUUGAAUAAGAAGCUCUCAUAAAAAUGUGAAUUUGAAAUAUAGAGAAGUUCAAUUUGUUAUUGCAAAUAUAAAUUUUAAUUAGAUGAAUUAGCCCAAAAACGUAGCACUGUUUAUUCUCUAACAAAGAAUAGCAGAGCAAACUGCCAGAGAUAAUUGGCUAUUUUAUUUUAAAAAGAAUUUAAAUAAAACAAUUUGGCCUCCCCUUA